AUGCCCACAUUAUCCAUUUCAAGUCCCGCAAAUUCACUGCGGAGUUGCCAGUCAUUCAUCCAGUCUCUACUUGGUCCUAUCUCUGGAAUAAGGGACCUGAGAAUCGAUAUCGACCGCCGCAUACUGUCCUUUUCUGCUAGUAGUGUCGAUGUCGACAAGGAGAAGCUUAUUGACGACGUCGGUCAGCUGCUUGCCCAGGCUGGGUACACCAUUGAUAACAAGAAGGACGGAGAGCCGAGCCAUGUUGAGACCUCCGUGCCUACAAGAGAAGCUCACGCAAAGCACUUGGAACAUUGUGAUGCUUGUCGCGAUGACUCCUUGCUUGAUUCAGUGGUGGUGGCGCGCGAUCUCACUCCCUUGACGCUGAAGACCGAGUUUUCCAUUGAGGGCAUGACCUGCGCUUCGUGCACAACUUCCAUUACGAAUGCGCUACAGCAGCACCCGGGUGUGCUGAGCGUUGAGGUCAAAUUAAUGCUCAAUUCCGCCACUGUCGUGCACGAUGGAAACGCCUGCUCUGCUGCAGAUAUCGUAUCAGAAAUUGAAUCUAUUGGAUUUGAAGCGUCAGUAAAUAACAGUGUCCCUGUAGAGGCACGAGGAAAAAUUCCAAAGGAGACAGUGUUUGGAAUUGUAGGGAUGACAUGCAGUUCUUGCGCUGGUCCUCUAAGCAAAGCUGUGCAAGAGCUAGAAGGAGUUGAGAUUGUGUCAAUCUCGUUGAUCUCAAACUCGAUGACCGUCAGGUACUGCUGUGACAAAGUCACUGUCGAAGAAAUAACAUCGGUCGUCGAAGAUUGUGGGUUCGAAGUAUCCCAAACAAUAACCAGGGAACUUGAAACAGAAGUUUCCUCCGAUCCUUCAGAGCGAACCGUACAACUUGAGUUCCAAGGCAUGUUCUGCAAGGAGUGUCCAACCCGUAUUGCUACCCACCUGUCGACUAUCGGGAUUGAUAUGAUAACGCGCCCUAGCCUUGCUUCUCCUAUUGGGUCUAUUCGGUACACACCCAACUCCAAGCUCACUAUUCGCUCAAUCUUGGGUAACCUCCCUGAGCCUAUUAUUGCUAAGAUAUAUCACCCGCCAUCGCUUCAUUCUAUUGCGAUGAAGCUCCAAGCUCGAGAAGCUCGCAAAAUUGCUCGCUUGUUUCUUAUUGCCACUCUUUUCGCCGUACCGACCUUUGUCAUUGGCAUCGUUGGUAUGAUCGCCCUACCCAAGUCUCACCCCUUGCGCCAACGCAUUGAGAAGCCGGUCUGGGGUGGUGCUGGCCUCGGAGUUAUUGUACUUUGGGCCCUUGCAACGCCGGUGCAAUUUGGCGUAGGAUGGAUUUUCUACAAGAAAUCAUAUGCGUCCCUUUUCGGUGGUAGGCGUCGUCAAUGGCAGUGGAAGAACUUGGUGCAUUUUGGCAGUAUGGAUCUACUUGUCGCUCUUUCGACGACUACCGCCUACUUUGCAAGUGUCGCCAUGAUGGCGAUCGAUAUCCGCACGUCGCCCCACCACGCUAUGGAGGUGGAAAUGCGCACAUACUUUGACAGUUCAGUCUUUUUGAUCUUCUUCAUUCUUGCUGGGAGGUUGCUAGAAGGGCGAGCCAAAACUGGCGAUGCGAUCUCGAUGUUGGGUGCUAUUAGACCCGAAACAGCCCUGCUUGUUUCGAAUGUCGACGACACCCCUGUACUGGAAGAAGCAGGAGUUCGUCAGGUCCCAGUAGACGUGCUCGAAUUGGGCGACACAAUUCUUGUCCAACCAGGCUCUAUUCCACCAGCUGAUGGUACUAUCAUAUCCGGUAAAACCACCGUCGACGAGUCAUCUUUGACCGGCGAAUCUCGGCCUGUCGAAAAGGGACCCGGAGAUAUACUUGUAUGCGGUACCACCAACCUCACAAGCGCAGUUACCGUCCGAGUGGACAAGCUAGGCGACGCUACAGUACUUGAGAAGAUCGUUCGUGCGGUGGCUGAUGCUCAAGGGCGCAAGGCUCCCAUAGAACGUUUGGCAGAUCGCAUUUCGGGAGUUUUUGUGCCUAUUGUUGUAUGGCUGUCACUGGUCAUCCUUGCGAUUUGGAUCGGAGUUUCGCUUGGGGGAGCGCUCCCUGAAGGGUCAUUGCCCAUGGGACGUGAGGGGACUGGCGAUAGAGUAUUCUUCGCUUUCGAGUUUACUAUUGCAGUGUUAGUCGUUGCAUGCCCUUGUGGAAUUGGACUUGCCGCGCCUACUGCGCAAGCUGUUGGAGCUGGAAUGGCCGCCAAGGCCGGUAUACUUGCACAAGGGGGUGGCGAGGCCUUUCAACGUGCGAGUCAGGUCACGGCCGUGGUUUUCGACAAGACUGGCACUCUAACUCUUGGGGAGCCGAGGGUUACCGACUCAAAAGUCUUUUGCGAACCAAAAUGGCUGUUGACUGCCGUGCGCGAAAUGGAGAUGGGGUCAACACAUCCUAUUGCCUUGGCGCUCGUUCGUCACUGCGAAUCCGAAGCAGACGGCUCCGAAAUACUGCAGCUCGUGGAAUGCGAAGAGAAGUCCGGCCGGGGGCUUGUUGCCUUGGUUCAAGUUGGCUCCCAAUCGUACUCUGUUUUGGUCGGAAAUACGACUCUCAUGAGAGACCACGACGUUCAGGUUGACGAAUCGUAUGUCGGUGAAUGGCAAAGGCAGGGCAAAACCGUUGUUUUCGUCGCUGUGGGACGUCCGAAUCUGAAUGCUGGUUCCUUGAACGAGAAUAUGUGGGGCGGAUACGAGUUGGCCAUGUGCUUUGCAGUGGCUGAUGCGCUUCGACCCGAGUCUGUCUCGACAGUGGCCGAGCUCCACAAGUCCGGAAAACAGGUGUGGAUGCUGAGCGGUGACAAUGUCAUCACUGCAAAGGCGGUUGCACACGAUCUUGGCAUCCCUGACGAGCGGGUCGUUGCUGGAGUACUUCCGCAUGAGAAGGCAGAUUUUAUAACACACCUUCAGUCCCAGCCAGUAGUUCAUUCGAGCCGUUUACCAUGGAUGAGGCGUGAGGGCCGGGCGGUUAUUGCGUUUUGUGGUGAUGGCCUGAACGAUAGCGCAGCUAUUGCGGCGGCCGAUAUUGGCAUCGGGCUAUCGCAUGGAUCCCAAAUCACCCUAUCCUCAUCAUCGUUUGUAUUACUUUCGUCCAGCCUCUCUACUUUGCCUUUCCUUUUACGGCUUUCAAGCAAGGUUUAUCUUCGACAGAAACUCAACUUUGCCUGGGCAUUGAUAUACAAUGUCGCCAUGAUCCCCGUUGCUGCCGGAGCCUUUUAUGCUCUCGGUCAUACCAGGCUCCCCCCUGUCUGGAGCGCGUUGGCGAUGGCUUUGAGUAGUGUUUCGGUAGUUUACCAACCCAGACUUACACUCUCCGAGCACCCGCAUCACGACCCGAACAGAUACCCAGUCGAGAGUUCUCGCUCUAACGAACAGAAAGGGAUGGAAUACUUUGCCAAGUUCUUGCGGCCACAAGUGGCAGCAACGCCGAAGCCCGCACGCGACCAUUUGGGCGACUUCCAAAUGGCAUGGGCAGAAGUCAAGAAUACUCUUCUAAUUCCAGACGAAAGACAGCUAACUAGGGGGAUUGGAUCUACAAACGUACCUGCUCAUCUUCAAGCCAUGGUCGACGCUCUUGUAUGGGAAUCCACCAGAGGGGAUCAAGAAUCUACUGGAGCGUGUUUGGAGUCGUUGCUUAAGAAUGAUAUCCUAGGCACACUAGUUAGUCUUAGCGAAGCUGACCGACCGUUUGGCGUCCAGGCUGAAGUAUUAAAAACCGUUGGAAAUCUCGUGGUUCUGAUGGACGAGCAAUUUCUUGUCCAUGCAGUCGUUCAUAAAGCAGUUCUCCGGCUGCUACGUGUGUGUAUUGGUGACUUGAUCGACGAAACCUCAUUCAGUUCAUCGAAGGCCAUGGGUGCUGCCAGUGUAUCCCAAAGGACCAGUGUCGCGAACUAUGAAGAAGACCUCGUUGACCUUCUCUGCACCCUUUGCAGCCGCAUUAGAACUUACCGGGAGCUUCUCAUGAUAUUUUUUCACGACAAACACUGGUUUCAGUCACAAAAAUCAUAUUCAUUUGACGAAGAGGAUGAAGAAGAAACAGCGGAAAAGGAGGCAGAAGAAGAGGCAGCCAAUCGCCCAGCACGUAGCUUGAUGUCGACCAUCCCAAGGGCACCUUCCCCCGCGUCUUCUGUGUUGACUGUGACAGGAAAUCCACCCCAGGCUAAACCUGAGUACGAGUUCCUACUCUUCAACUAUUUGCUCCGUUUCGUCCAUCGCGAGGGCAAGAUAGGUGACUUGGCUCGGGCCGGGUUGUUAUUUCUACUCGAUGUGGCCAUGUCUAUCUCGGAUCAUCCGGGCUCCUCAGACGAUAGUGAGGCCGGUCGCCCAGACCCAGCAUCUGACGCAGCGCUUGCCUUGGCCGAAUAUGUUCUAGAUGGCGACUUUUCUGAUGUUCUUGGUGCUGGCCUCGCUGCUGUAUAUUCGGUUCUGCCUUACAAACUCGAGGUGCAACGUGACUAUGCGGCUGAAUCAGAAGCGCAAAAUGGCGGCAUGCUCUUGGGCGGUCAUCAUGUGGUUUCUAACGAGGAGGAAGCAGCCCGCCUUGAGGAAGCAGAAGAGAGGGGCCGGGAACUCAAUAUUGGUGUAUCCACUAGUCAAGAAUUUCGGGGCCGUUUAGAUCAUUUCUUAAAGAUGGCCGAGUUCAUCCAAGAUGUUCUAAAACGCAAUGAUGCAUCGGUGUACUCGCGUAUGGGAGAAACUGGAGCCACAGACAACAAUCCCGAACAAACUCUUGAUCCUUCAGCAUUAGUGGGAACUGCAAUAUCCGACGCCAUCAUACGAGCAUUUAAAAGAGUCUUUUUGGAAAACGUCUUAUACCCCUCGAUCCUGGAGUGUUCAGAUGCGGAUGGGAGCGCGGUUGCCGUCCUCUCCUAUAUCGAAACCAUGCUUAGGACGUUGAAACACGGGAGAUUGACCGAUGCUCUCGUGAAAUACCUAGUGAGCGAAGGUACCGACUAUGGACGCCCGACAGAGAUCUCAGAUUCCGCAACUCGAGCAGUAAAAAAGAACCGCCGCAAGAGUAGUGCCAUGACCCUCCUAGAGAAGGAGCCCGCAAACAAGCGCCAAUCCACUUAUUACUCUUCUCUUGGUCGUUUUACUCUCAAGGACUUUAUAUUCUCCAAUUUAAACUCUGAAUUUUCUUCAUCAGCAACCGCGUCAUUGAAACUCCUUCAUUGCCUACUAGAGCAGCAUUGCGAGAUGUGUACCGAUCAGCUCCUCUCUGUUGUAGGCGACCCUCAGGCUACAGCUUUCCCAGAAGUUAUGUUGCCACCUCCACCAACCGUAGAAACGGCCGAGGCCCCUCCCUUGGAUUCGGACUCGGACGAAGAGUUUGUAUACCCUGGGGAAGAAAAGGCGAAGCACUCUCCCAAGGUACCUCCUGCGCUCACCAAGUUGAUCUCUGGUGCGAUUCAUAGAACCAUUACUUACGCCACCCACGAGCGCGAGCUUGGGCUAUAUCUAUCACUCGUAUCGCGCAUCAACCCAAGCAACGAGCUAGACGUUUUUAGUACAGGUUAUGAGAAUUACGUGCGCGAUGCCUUGGAGAUAGUUCAAUCCGAAAUCUGCUAUUGUCGAACUCUGGAUGGCGACUCCUCCUAUAUGAGUUGGAAGCAUAAACUUCAACCAAAUGACUCUUUGCUGAAACUAUUAUUACGCUCUCUAAGGCACUUUUUCGUACAAACCCCCGAAUACAAUAUCGCUCUUACCGGCGUGCUGACUGCUAUAUCCUGUUGUCCCAACAGGUCAAUGGUCGGAUGGCUCGCUUUCGAUGCCGAAUCUCAACCGCCGAACUCCAAAGCAUUCCAAAAUCCUGACGAUGGCGAUGAUCGAUCUAUUGACUCGACGGAAUCACUCGAGCUAGCCCCUACUUUUAUAAAUCCAAACGACGCUGAAACACGACCCCUCGAACGCUACCGAAGCCGCAUUUCAGGCUUCGAUAAACAUCUAACGGAUCGCCGUCAAGGCUUACUAUUUUCGGAGAAUAUUAGCGAUGCUUUGAACUUGGACCUCUCGCUAGAUAUUACUAGCGACUGGGCCCCCUGCUCAUCGCCACUACCAGCAACUCCAGAAACGCCCCAGCGCCCAAAGAACAGAACUGGGUCUUCGUUCAUGUCAUUUUUAUCCUCCAAAAAGGUUAAAUCACCCACUGGCUCUGUCGCUCCAGAGCCUACUACUCCGCCACGAGGUGGGGAACCCAAGGUUGUCCCAUCAACACCGUUCAGCUCUCACUACCAUAAUACGUCUGCUAUUGACCUCGAUGGAUUUGCUGCUGCAGAGCCCAUUACCGGACCAUGGGCAUCCGAUAGAAAACCAUCGAGUGUGCAUGUAGAAGACGACGUGUUUACUGCGUGGAAGGACCCUGAAAGCGGCGAGCAAGUAGGGUCAAGAGACAGAGAUAGAAAGGACAAGAAACGCAUCACGCUAUCCCAGCUUCUUGAUAAUACUGUGAUACUAGAGGAGUUUAUUAAAGAGAUGGCUGGUGUCAUUCAAGCGCGGAGGAGUUUGGGAAUCGAUGGUGUCCGAAUUUUCGACUAA